CACGGUCAUACACGCCAGCCUAGCGUCCGGAGACUGCAGACCAAAUGCUGCAACGAUGGCGGCCGGCCGGCCGUCCCUCGGGCCUCACCACCGUCUCGCGCGGCAUCUACUGUCUCUGUACGCUGCUGCUGCUGCUGCUGCCGUCCAUCCACGUCCCUCGCGCACGCUCGCUGUCUUUCGACCUCAGCUUCUCCAAGCCCCAGAGCCCCGGCCUCUCCCAGCUGGUCAACUGCACCGGCGACGCGUACAUCACCCCGGACACGCUCGAGCUGACGAGGAACCGGCGUGACCAGAGCAGCACGUACAGCCUCGGCCGGGCCACGUACAUGCACCCGGUGCCGCUGUGGGACGCCCGCACCGGCGAGACGGCCAGCUUCACCACCACCUUCUCCUUCCUCAUCAGCCGGGACCCGAGCACGUUCCCCGGCGACGGCAUGGCGUUCUUCCUCGGCCACUUCGGGUCGAGCAUCCCCACCAACAGCAGCGGCGGCAUGCUUGGCCUCAUGCCGGCCUUCACCAACGGCACGGGCGACGGCACCGUCGUCGCCGUCGAGUUCGACACCUUCCUCAACCACGCCAACGACGACAUCAGCGGCAGCCACGUGGGCAUCGACGUCAACUCCCUCAACUCCACGGCGGCCACGGACACCAGCAGCACCAGGAACCUCACGUCCGGCUACGAGAUGGUGGCCACCGUGUCGUACGAGAAUGUCACCAGGUUCCUGGCCGUCCAGCUCACCAUCUACGACACGUCGUACAACGUCAACGCGACCGUCGAUCUCAAAAGCUACCUGCCGGAGCGCGUCGCGGUUGGCUUCUCCGCCGCGACUGGAAAAGGCGGCGAGCAGCACCAGGUGCUGUCGUGGUCAUUCACGUCCACUCUGCAGGAAGCACCAGCACCGGCACCGGCACCGCCGCCGCGUGCUCUGACACCUGGCAGCAGCACCCAGCAGCCCAAGAAGACAUCUUCAGAAGGAACACUGGUAGUCGCCGUGCUGGUGCCUCUGUUGUCGCUUCUCUUGGCGUGUGCAGCGGCAGCCGUGCUGGUCUGGUGGAAACGCAGGAGAAGGAGAAGAUCGUCGGGAGGAAUUGGAACCAGCGACGACGACGACGACGACAACGGUCACCGAGACCAGGACGGCAGCAGGGCGGAGCUCGAGAGGGGAGUGGCUGCCAGCGGGCCCCGCCGGUACGCGUACCGCGACCUGGCCGCCGCCACCAACUACUUCGCCGAGGACGGCAAGCUCGGCCGCGGGGGCUUCGGGAGCGUCUACAAGGGCAACCUCGUCGUCGCCGGCGAAGCGCGUCCGGUGGCGAUCAAGGUGUUCUCGUCUGAGUCGUCGGCGCAGGGGAGGAAGGAGUUCGAGGCGGAGGUGCGGAUCAUCAGCCGCCUCAAGCACCGCAACCUGGUGCAGCUCCUGGGCUGGUGCGACAGCCGCCACGGCCUGCUGCUCGUGUACGAGCUGGUGGCCCAGGGCAGCCUGGACCGGCACCUCCACAGCAGCAGCGGCGACAGCGGCAGCGAGAGCCCCUUUUUGGCGUGGCCGGAGAGGUACCGGAUCAUCCUCGGCCUGGGCUCCGCGCUGCGGUACCUCCACCAGGAGUGGGAGCAGCGCGUGGUGCACGGCGACAUCAAGCCCAGCAACAUCAUGCUGGACGACGCGCUCAGCGCCAAGCUCGGCGACUUCGGCCUGGCCCGGCUCGGCGACCACGGCGGGCGGUGGCACACCACCAACGCCGUGCUGGGCACCGCGGGCUACAUCGACCCGGAGUUCGUCAACACGCGGCACCCGAGCACCCACUCCGACGUCUACAGCUUCGGCAUCGUCCUCCUCGAGGUCGUCUCCGGCCGGGCCCCGGUGGUCCUGCGGCAGGACGAGCCGCCCUUCGUUCUGCUCAAGUGGGUGUGGGGCCUGUACGGCCGGAACGCGAUCCUCGACGCGGCGGACCAGCGGCUGAGGACCGGCGACGGGCUCCGCCACGACCAGUGUAUGGAGAGGGUGCUGGUCGUCGGGCUGUGGUGCGCCCACCCUGACCAGAGCGAGCGGCCGUCCAUCGCACAGGCCAUGCACAUCCUGCAGGCGGAAGACGCCAGGCUCCCGCCGCUCCCGCCGCAGAUGUACAAGACGGCGUCGGACCUCGCCGUCAGUGGACGUGCCUAUGGAGCUUUGUCCGUUGAAAGCUACAGUGGUGGCUCCUUUACGACUACGACUGCGACGACGAUGACGACCACCACCACCAGCAGCGACUCUAAGAUUUCUAGAGGCUUGUCGACCACGGCCUUGCUCCGAGAUUCAAAAGAGAGAGCCUGAUAGAUCUCUGCAUUUCUUUCUUUCUUAUUUUUUUUUGGGAAAUGUUGAAAUGGACUGCCCACGGUCUAUAUAUGGGGCUUAAAUGACAUCAUUACUGACCAGUAU